UCAAUCGUACAGCAAGACCAGAACAUGGUGGAUGGAUCAGCUAAUAGAAUAUCCGACAGAGAGGGAAAUGAAGCUUCAGAGAUAUAUACAAUCUUUACAUGAAGACCUACAAGUGGCUCAUGAGAACAAAGUAUCACUACAGGAGGCACUGGUUGAUGCCAAUAAACAAGUUAAAGGUGAUGAUAGUAAUGAUAUUAUGAGCAGUGUAUUAGAAGAGAUGAGACAAGAACAGGAAAAGUUGAAUCAGAUCAUUACUGACCUUAGAGCUAAAAUGUCUGAUAGGGACUUGCACAUAGCCAAACUAGUGAAGGAAAGACAAGAGAGAUUCGGCUUCAAGCAACCUAUUAAAGAGACUAGUUCCAUUGGACUACAAUUUAAUUACCUAAUCCCUUCAAUGG